AUGUCUAUUUACAACAAAAAUGCUAUUAAUACUGAUAUAUCAGGUGCAAAGAUCUACAUUGGGAACUCUCUACAGAACAGCGGCACCAAGAACACACUGGUUUUCAACAUCACAAGCUUCCAAAAAGAUCAGAUAAAUGUCUUUGAAUUUCCCACAUCGGUGUCAGGGCGCUACGUCACUGUGAUCAGACCAGGAAACCAAUUCCUGGUUCUUUGUGAGGUGAACAUCACUGGCACAGAGCUAAAAUCUCCCUUUAAGCUGAUCGACACAAACAAGACGUGGGGAGAAGCUCUGUCUUACUGCAGAGAUAACCACAGAGGUCUGGCCUCCAUCUUGGAUGAACAGAUGCAGAUCUUUGCUGAGCUGGAGGCUGAGAAAGCCACCAGUCCCUUCGUUUGGAUCGGACUUCGCUACACCUGCAGCCUGAACUUCUGGUUCUGGGUGGAUGAAUGUAAUGUUCAAUAUAAUAAGUGUGACACCAGUGGAGCCAUGGAGAAAGAUGUACAGCAUCGCUGGUACAACCAGUCUAGUGAUGAAAAGUUCAAUUUCAUCUGUGCAUUGAAAUGACACAGAUGUUAUUCUGCAAACAGAUUUUAUUUUUCUUCAUGAGUUCUCUCUCAUGAAGAAAGAAAAGCUUCUGUUUCUGAUCUUCAUUCAUUGUGUUUGUGUCUCGUCCUCUGAUCCUUGAGAGGUUGUUCUCUCCUCUCUGGUGUCUCCUGGUCUACACUGAGAUUCUUCUUCCUUCCUGACUUCAUUAAACAGAGGAAACACUGUUAGAAACUUUGAUUUAUACAAGAACCAGAAGACAUUUGCAUGUUUUUUCUGUAAUAAAAUAUCAACUUUCACAGUUUCUCUGUUAUGCAUCAUAUAUUAUGCAAAACAGCAUCACAGGAUUUGGCGAUUAUAUAAAACCGCAACCACUUUGUUCUAUGUUAAAACCUCUGUAUUACUAUUGCCAUUAUUGACAACUUCUUAUUGUUAUCUUACUAUUAUUGUUAUUAUUAUUAUUAUUUAAUUUUUUUUCCCUCUAUGUUUUUAUUUUAUUUUAUUCAUUGUUAUAUAAUGUGUUAAGAAGAAUUUAUAGAUGUACUUUGGUAAAGAGUCGAUAAUUAUUCUGAUGAUGUUUGUCCGGUUGUUAUUUAUAAUUGUCAUUAUUAUCAUCCAUAGAUUUUCUUGUCUUGUUUUAAGAGUUAGUUUUUUGCCAUUUUGUCUACAAAAUAUGUUUUAUUUGUUGGCUCUUAGCACCAUAUAUUGAACAGGCACAUAAAUAUUAUAGCAUGGUUUUAAUUACAGGUUUUGAUCAUUAUUGAGUCGGUAAGUAAGUAGCAGUAACCAAAUAGUUUUGCUCUUAGUUUUGUAUGCACUUGUCCUCUCUAUACAACUGAUUGCUUGUUUUUAAAAACCUGUUUGAA